AUGCCCCCGGGCCCAUUUCCUCUACCGCUGGUGGGAAACUUCUUUGCCAUUCCUAAGGUUAAACCCUGGAUUGAAUGGGAGAAAUGGGCUGAGUAUUAUGGCAAUCCCAUGAUCACUAUCUGGAAUGGACAUAGACCAAUCAUCAUGUGUAAUGACAUCUGGACUAUAUCAGAUCUUCUCGACAAGCGCGCAAGCAUUUACUCUUCUCGUGCGAGAAUGAUUGUUAUGGGAGAUUGUCUGAAUCAAACUGAAUCCAACCAGGUCAAUUUGGUCUAUGGUGACAAAUGGCGUUUACAUCGGAGGUUGAUGCAUACGGUCGUGGGAUCUCAUGCCAUACGCCAACACCGAGACUUCCAAAGCGACGAGUCCAAGAUCCUACUCCGGGACCUACUAGAGAAGCCUGACGACUUUGUCAUGUCCAUCGAGAGAUACUCAUGCUCCGUGGUGUCAAUCAUCGGCUGGGGACGACGCAUCGAGCGUAUGAACGACUACGUUGCUCAAUGUGCGCUUGGAUUCAUGGAGGGCGUAGACUACAUCAUUCCAGGCCUCUUCAUCAUGGAAGCUGUGCCGUUCCUGGCGAAACUCCCAGGCUGGAUCUAUCCACUUCCUUCCAAAAUUUUCAACACGGCCAAACAUUUCCAACGCUAUUUCUACGCUUUGAGUAAAGAAGGCAGCGAAUAUGAGAAAGACAACUUUGCAAAGAUGCUCCUGGCACAGCAGGAGAAGACUCAAUUGACCAAUGAAGAAGUCGCUGGCAUGACUGCCAAUCUAAUCGGGGGUGGUGUUGAUACCACCAGUAGUUCGACCAUUAGCUUCGUGCUGGCGAUGUGCGUAUUUCAAGAUGCGCAGAAAAAAGCACAAGAAGAGCUCGACCGUGUUGUGGGCAGGGAACGAAGCCCGAAUUGGUCUGACGAAACCUCACUGCCAUACGUCAAGGCCCUGGUCACCGAGGUCCUGCGUUGGCGGACGGUGACGAUCCUAGGUGGCAUACCACAUGCUCCCAUCCAGGACGACGAGUACCGAGGCUACCUCAUCCCCAAAGACACAUCCAUCACGGGCAACGUUUGGGCGAUCCAUCGCAACCCUCGAGAAUUCCCCGAACCCGACACCUUCCGCCCAGAGCGCUUCCUCAACGGUCUCGAGCACAAUUAUCCCAAUAAACAAGGCCACAACGCCUUCGGCUGGGGUCGUCGCGUAUGUCCCGGACAGCCUCUUGCCGAGCAAGGUCUGUUCAUGACCAUCGCACGCAUUCUCUGGGCAUAUCACAUCCAGCCCGGUCUGGAUGAGAACGGCAAGGAAGUCAAACUAGACAUCUUCGCAUACACCAAGAGUGAAAAUAUGCGACCUGAGCCUUUCAAAGCCCGCUUCACGCCACGCACACCUCGCAUUGCCGAGAUUAUUGUUGAGGAGGCCCGCCAGGCGCGAGAGGCCCUGCGUGUUUAUGAUGGCGAGACGAAACUGACGCUAGAGAAUGUUGCAUGA